AUCGUCGCUCUUGGCCUUUGGUUUGGACCUAAUGCAUACCUACGCAGUGCCUGGAAUGUGAUGGAUGGCUUUUUGGUUGUUGUCUCUUGGAUAGACGUCAUUGUUGACCUGACAACAGACUCUGAAAACUCCAUUCUAGGAGUAUUACGGGUGUUUCGAGCCUUACGAACAUUGAGACCAUUGAGGUAGAUUUAUAAUGGAAUGAAAUAACUUCUCUUAAUUAAACUUUGAUAAGUUUGAGAGAAUAUCAAACAAUACCAGGGGCCUGUGCAAGGGGGGAUAAUCACCAUCUUUUGGUUAAACUGUACUCAAAUGCAGAAUGAAAGAAAAAACCGCUUUUUUCCAUAACGAGAAGAUCAUUAGAGGAAAAACACAGUCAGGGGACAAGCACAAACCUCAGAGCCAGACUAUUGUUAAUUUCUGCUUAGUAAUAUUAAAAUUUGUUUUGGUCCUAUUUCAGGGUAAUCAGCAGAGCUCCUGGUCUGAAGAUUGUAGUAGAGACUUUAAUAUCGUCACUUAAGCCGAUUGGGAACAUCGUACUCAUCGCUGCGACGUUUUUCAUCAUUUUUGGAAUCCUCGGUGUACAGGUAGAUUAGUCCCGUGACUUCUAAUGUAAAGGCUAGGAUGCAGUCAUUUAUAUUCAGUUGAAUUGAUGUUGUACUUUCAACCUCUCUUUUCAGUUGUUUAAAGGAAAGUUUUAUCAUUGCAAGGAUGCUUCCUACCCCGAGGUGAAUAAUAGAGCAGACUGUCUGGCGAUUAAUAAGACCUGGGAAAACAAGGAAUACAACUUCGAUAACUUGGCGAAGGUGAGCCGGGCUUUGUUGGCGUCUCUAAUGGCCGCUCAAAGUAUUUUCUAGACUAGAAGACCAAAAUAAUUCAGCAAUCUGCAUCGUUCUUUUUUGCAUGUUUGGUACUAAGCGUAUGCUUCGCANAUGGCUUUUUGGUUGUUGUCUCUUGGAUAGACGUCAUUGUUGACCUGACAACAGACUCUGAAAACUCCAUUCUAGGAGUAUUACGGGUGUUUCGAGCCUUACGAACAUUGAGACCAUUGAGGUAGAUUUAUAAUGGAAUGAAAUAACUUCUCUUAAUUAAACUUUGAUAAGUUUGAGAGAAUAUCAAACAAUACCAGGGGCCUGUGCAAGGGGGGAUAAUCACCAUCUUUUGGUUAAACUGUACUCAAAUGCAGAAUGAAAGAAAAAAAUCGCUUUUUUCCAUAACGAGAAGAUCAUUGGAGCAAAAACACAGUCAGGGGACAAGCACAAACCUCAGAGCCAGACUAUUGUUAAUUUCUGCUUAGUAAUAUUAAAAUUUGUUUUGGUCCUAUUUCAGGGUAAUCAGCAGAGCUCCUGGUCUGAAGAUUGUAGUAGAGACUUUAAUAUCGUCACUUAAGCCGAUUGGGAACAUCGUACUCAUCGCUGCGACGUUUUUCAUCAUUUUUGGAAUCCUCGGUGUACAGGUAGAUUAGACCCCUUUAGUUCUAAUGUAAAGGCUAGGAUGCAGUCAUUUAUAUACAAUUGGAUUGAUGUUGUACUUUCAACCUCUCUUUCCAGUUGUUUAAAGGAAAGUUUUAUCAUUGCAAGGACGCUUCCUACCCCGAGGUGAAUAAUAGAGCAGACUGUCUGGCGAUUAAUAAGACCUGGGAAAACAAGGAAUACAACUUCGAUAACUUGGCGAAGGUGAGCCGGGCUUUGUUGGCGUCUCUAAUGGCCGCUCAAAGUAUUUUCUAGACUAGAAGACCAAAAUAAUUCAGCAAUCUGCAUCGUUCUUUUUUGCAUGUUUGGUACUAAGCGUAUGCUUCGCAAGCAAGAAUUGAAUUAAAGAACAAUUCAAGCAACACAAUGACAAAAAAAUAUGCAGAAAAAAUUAUUAUCUUCAUGAAUAUUGACAGUUAAGUGGAUCUUUGCGCAAAGGUCCUGGAACGAGAUUGAGUAAAGAGGUUUUAGCUAUUCAAAAUCACGUCGUUAUUAAUUCAUUCAUCAACCUCAUUGUGUGAUCAUUUAUUCACCCAGGCGCUGUUAACACUGUUCGUCUUCUCUACAAAAGAUGGUUGGGUAACAAUAAUGUAUGAUGGGAUAGAUGCCGUGGGCAUUGACAAGCAGGUAUCUUCACAUUUUUGCUUUGCGAAACUAUUGACGACUUAUAUCAUCUACUGUUAUGAAUGGAAUUAAAAAGUAAACUUUCUGAUUAGACUUGUUAGCCACUGAGUUUAACAAGAAGUGAUUAUGUAAAUAGCUGAACGUACAACUUAGUUAUGUCCGGCGACCUAUUCGUUUGACCAAAUCUAGUACCCAGAUCUCUUUUAAACGAAGCCGAAGGCGAGACCACGUCAAGUAAGAAAAUUCUAUGUUUUUGAUUGGCUAGAUAGUGAGCGAAUGGCGUGAGUGUUGUCUCCUGUGCGCGCUUUAGUGUGUGCAUUUAAUUCUUUGCAAAGUCUUGCAGUUUUGUUCAAAUAAAUAUUUUUGCAGAAGAAGUAGUUUUCCGUCUCAAUAUAACUUGUAAAAAUCUUUUUAUCCUAUCUUUAAAUACUUUUUAAAACUCUCUCGGUAUCAAAGUUAAGCUUUUUGAAAAGACUAAAAAAUAUAUAUAUUUAUUAUAUAAACACCAAUGAAAUACCAGGUGAGCUUUUGCGCAAAAACUUGAUAUCUUCACAUGUGAAAAUAACAUGUUAUCUUCGUUGUUUUGCACGUCUGAAAUUGAGGAUUUAUUCCGAGCAUGCGUUCUUUCAUCGGCUGUCACAUUCCUGAUAGGCGAUCACGUGUACAAAACGAAUUUGUCAACAAGAGAUCUGGGUAGGAGAUUACGUUUGACCCUUUCGCACGCAUUGAAGAGCGAUCAUUUUAACACCGAAAUACAUUAACUUACUUUACUCACUUAAACUUAAGGUGGCUCCGUAAUUAAUACAAGAGCAUUUUGCUGUGACAAAUUUUCCGUCAUAACUUUUUGGUUUUUAUCGCGAUGUCUGCGAAACUUUGCAAAGAACAACAGAUAUCACUCGGCAAUAAUACAAAUUAUUCCGAUUUCAUUUAUGGUAAAUAUUGCUUGAGAAAUUGGCGCUUAAAAGGACCCUACUGUUCAAAGAAAAUGGCGUCUAGUAAAAAAUUUUGCUGAUAUUUUUUACUGAAAUUUCUGGUAUCGGCUUUAAUUGAUAUAAUAAAUAUGCCAGAAGAAUUUCAGAAAAAUCGUUGGAGCAGAAGUCCGUAACUAAAAGUCGCUCAAAAUUCAGCUGUGAAAUUGUUUUGGAAUUUGAAAAAUAAAUUACCAUCAGGGAGAAGGAGCCACCAGUUUGAAUUUUUGAGACAAGUAAAUUCAACGUUUGCUAAUUCUUAAAAUAAAAGUCGAUUGCCUAUCGUGCUAUUCUUUAAAAGGUACUUUUUAGGUUUAGAAGCACUAUAAAUGGCUCCAAACCUUGCUCUGACGUCGAAUGACUUGUUCUUUGACAUUUUUAAAAUAUCCCUUGGCAGUUUUGGCUCAAACUCCUGCUGCAUACAUUUUGAUGUACUGCAAUGCAUUUUCAACGACUUUUACUGCUGUUCGUUGCUUCCAGCUCAGGAAAAAAGUAUUGAGAUUGGACGCUACCUCGUAUCAGAGCUCAGAUAGAACUGUCCAGCACCUUUGUUUAUGACUACAAAAUGAGCACGAGCGGCAUUUCUUCGAGGAAUUCGCACCUCACCCAGGGGGGAAGAACGACAAUGAUGACCAUGCCUGUGAACCGAAUAACAUCACAGUGCAAAAUAAACUAUUAUCGCAAAAAUACUGCCUGUGAAUAAAUUUACAACUCUGAAAUUUUUGUCACUCCUUCCUUCAAUGAAUGGGUAUUUUUUUCUUGAUUAUUAUGUUUUGCUCUGCAAUACAUGUUUAUACAGAUCGGUUCACAGAUAUGGGCAUGAUCGUCAUUCGUCCCCCUGGCUGAGGUGCGAAUUCCUCGCAGAGCUGCCGCUCGUGCUCAUUUUCUGGUCAUAAACAAAGGUGCUGGACAGUUCUAUCUGAGCUUCGAUACAAGGUAGCCAAUACCUUUUUCCUGAAUUGGAAACAACGUACAGCAGGAAAAGCCGUUGAAGAUGCAUUGCAAUACAUCAAAAUGUAUGUAGCAGGAGUUUGAACCAAAACUGCCAAGGGAUAUUUUAAAAAGUCGAGCAACAAGUCAUUCGACGUCAGAGCAAGGCUUGGAGCAAUUUAUAGUGCUUCUAAAACUGAAAAGUACUUUUUAAAGAAUAGCACGAUAGGCAAUCGGCUUCUGUUUUCAGAAUUAGCAAACAUUGAAUUUACUUGUCCCGAAAAUUCAAACUGGUGUCUCCUUCUUCCUGAUAGUAAUUUAUUUUUCAAAUUCCAAAACAACUUCACAGCUGAAUUUUGAGCGACUUUUAGUUACGGACUUCUGCUCCAACGAUUUUUCUUAAAUUCCUCUGGCAUAUUUGUUAUAUCAAUUAAAGCCGAUACCAGAAAUUUCAGUUAAAAAUAUCAGCGAAAUUUUUUACUAGACGCCAUUUUCUUUGAACAGUAGGGUCCUUUUAAGCGCCAAGUUCUCAAGAAAUAUUUACCAUAAAUGAAAUCGGAAUAAUUUGUAUUAUUGCCGAAUGAUAUCUGUUGUUCUUUGCAAAGUUUCGCAGCCAUCGAGUUAAAAUCGAAAAAGUUAUGACGGAAAAUUUGUCACAGCAAAAUGCUCUUGUAUUAAUUACGGAGCCGCCUUAAUUGGUACUGAAUCAAACGAACAACACGUCAGCCCCUCUUUUUCUAUUUUUCAGCCGAUAAAAAAUCACAACAAAUGGAAUGUUCUGUUCUUUGUGGCGUUUCUUCUUCUGGCUGGGUUUGUGGUGCUGAACAUGUUGGUUGGUGUGGUUGUGGAGAAUUUCCAAAAGUGUCGCGACAUUAUCGAGAAGGAUCGCAUGGCAGAGAAAGAGAAGGAGCGUGAAAAACGCUUCCAGUCAGGUACGUUAAUAAUAUCCGGCAAACUACUUAUAUCGUACACGACGACUUUCUCUUAACUAGCAACUCCCUCAAAAGAAUCACUUGGAGCUGGUUCUUGCCGUUUUUUCCCGUAUGUGAUACCUUAAAAUGGUCUUAUUUAACAGACCAGCCUUCCUGUGUAGGACACGUUUUCCAGUCUUCUUAUGAACUAACAAAGAAAGGCAAAACGAUAGUUUCAUUUUUCUUACCACUUCUACUCUUGCUCUCUGUAGAGUCUGAAGGAGAAGAGGCCGAAGAAUUCCCUCAACCUCGUCGUUUUUUCCACCGAAUCUGUACACAUGGCUACUUUGAUAUUGGAAUAUCUGCUGUUAUUGUCCUUAACGUUAUUUGUAUGGCAAUAGAGCAUUAUGAACAGCCUGAGGUGAGCCACAUUAUCCUACCUAGACCACAAAAUUUAACUUAGUCUGUCUUUUAGAAUUCCUAACUACGUUCUAGUUGGUAAUAAACUGGAUGUACCAGCCUGGCUCUGGCACCGAAACCCACUCUGCUACUCAAGGGUUGUUUUGGAUUUUGCAAUGACAGUGCCUUCCCAUCAUGUUACCAGUCCACUUUUUUUAUCUACUACAAUUACUUCAUCUUAAUGGCAGCAAUGCCAUUAUUCCAUUCCAGCAAAUGGAUGAAAAAUGCUUGUUUUCUUAUACUUUACACAAAAUGUUAACAUUGUCAGGGCUUCUGAUAUUUCGCGAAAUUCACGGAGUAAAUCCGCGAAAUCCCGCGAAAUUCGGUAGAAAUCUUAUCAAAUACAUGUCUGUACAGCAUUUUUGAAACUUGUCUCAGCUACUGGGGCUAUUUACUUGCCGUAAACUUGCAAAUUUAUCUCGAAACUUCGUCACUGAAAUGUGCAAACAACGUCCCGAAACUACCAAACGUAGAUUAUGUUGCGAAAAACUGGGCACUAGCCACUGGGCACUGGAGCUUAACUGGAGCGUAUUGUUGUUGAAAGAGCAAAUGACGAUUUCUGUUAGAAAAACAUUAAAAACGCUGCUCUGAUCAGCGCAAACCCGAUCGAUUUCUAGUAAAAUUUGCCUUGAAAAUAACCACAAAAACCGCCGUUUUUUUACCGAUUACUUUCCGGCCAAGUUUGCUCCGGAAAUUCCCGCGAAAUCGGCCGAUUUUUCCGCGAUUUUGUCCCAAAAGUCCCGCGAAAUUUAACUUUUUUUUCCGCGACCUAUCAGAAGCCCUGCAUUGUGGUCAGGACCUCUCUGUCUCUAUUGCUCUGCUUCUACUCUGAGUGAAGGUCACGAGGUUGUUAAUCGUUUGGCACUAGCGCACGAUUCAUGCCGAACCGAUUCUUCCUAACUUCCUUUGCCAAGACCCCGUAUCACCUGUAGUUCUUUUACUAGACUUCUAAAAAGCGUUCUUUUCUUGAUUUGAAGUCUUCCAGCCCAUUUUACGCCAGCGUUCUAAACGUUUCCAAUUUUGACUUCUAAUGUAGGAACUGGACGAGUUUCUGAAGUAUGCGAAUUACGUCUUCACGGCUGUCUUCAUAUUGGAAGGAGUUUUGAAAAUUUAUGCAUUAGGAUUCAGGAAAUACAUAAAAGAAAGGUACACUGAUGAGGACUAGAAAUAUAGCCUUUUUUGGUAAAAUGGGUAUUAUUUAUAACGCUAAGGCUAGGGAGGCCGAGCAAAAUAAAAAUACACAUACAAAUUCAAAUACAUCAAACAUGACAAGAAAAACAUUUCCAACUGGCCGACUGCAAAACGUUUGGCUAUUUUCAAGCGUGGCCGAGGGUUUGAACUUAUGCCUAACGUGACCAAAUCCAGCUAGCGGACAGGAUGGAACUUGAACUCAGAAACUCCAGAUUUUAAGCCCAUCGCUCUUAUCGCAAGGCCAGUCUGCUCCAUAUAUAAGUUAGAGUUACUGCUUAACUUGCUUGAUGAGCAGUAUUUUUUACCGUGGUGUGUGUUUAUGUUGUUUUUGUUAAUGAGAGCAGUUUCAAAUUGAGGGCAAAAAAGACAAGGAUUGCUGUGGUCAAAUACAACAGACAAAACAUCAGAUGUCUUGAAUGCAGAAAGUAUGAGUGACAGGUGUCAGUAGUCGGUGAAAGCAGGUCAACUGUUUUUGCUCCAUCACUUCUGAUUGUUCAUAAUAAGUUUAGCCAAUCACGUAUCGAUAGCGUUUUUACUCCUUUAAGAAGUCUCGGUCAGUUUAUUACAACAAACAAAUUUUUCUCCCAUAUUAUUGGCUGGGUACAACUGAACUGCUUCCGUUUGGUCCCUUUGAGCAUUUCAAAGUGCCCCACGAGAAGUCAUGUGUAUAGGCUCUAUGGCAUAGAUAUUGACGAGUCAUUGUAUCAUAUUACUUCCCUGUCUGAAUCUGGGGGAAAUUUUCCAGUAAUCAUCAAUGUUUUUGUUUACAGGUGGAACCAGCUUGACCUGCUGAUUAUCCUGCUUUCAAUUGUCGGGAUCGUUCUGGAAGAAAUGAACUCUGAGCUGCCAAUAAACCCAACCAUCAUCAGAGUAAUGCGAGUGCUUAGAAUAGCUCGAGGUGGGUAGGAAUACUUCACUUUGCACAGACUCCUUUCUAUUAAAAAAUUAAAACAAACCAACCAAACAACAACAAAAACACCGCUGCCUCGUCUCCAGGGCUACCACUAUCAUGAGAAAAUGAAAAUGACGAAAUCCGCGGUACAUCAUAGGAAGGAUCGCCCGUUGUAAUGCAUCCUUUGGCAAAACACCCCGCGCAAACUCACGCGCCGUCGAACACAGCUAGAGAAAAGGGAAAAGACUCGCUUAGAGGCAUACAAUUUAACAACAUUGAAUUUCCGUACAUCGUUGACUUAAUGUGGGCAAAUUAAAAACUAAAAUAACUCAUUUAGCGCAAGUUGAAACUAGAUUUGCAUUACAAAAUAAAAGGUCUACGUAGUUAAGAUCUUACUAUCGGCCGGCACUGCCGCCCUGGUAGCUCAGUUGGAAGUGCACCGUUUUACGAGUAUCGGGCUCGGGUUUAAGCUCCUGCGAGCGGGGCCAUCAACCAAACUGAUUAAGAUCAUGUUGGCUGUGUUUAACAGCAUGUCUCCGGACUGAUUAACGUCACCGAGCGGUGAGGUUAUGUGGUUAACCUUGUCGCUCUCAUCCUUCUCUAUUUGUUAAUUCGAUGGGAAAACAUAAAAGAACCCACAAUACCGUUCAAAAAGGUUUCCUCAGUCGGUGCAUUUGGCUCAUAAAUUUACCGACUUUAUGCUUCCGUCCGAGAUUUCUGUUCAUAUAUAUGUAAAGAGGACAUGUACUGUUGUUCCCCAAUCCACAGGUUACAUUUACAAUAUACGUGUUAGGAUUAAACAACCUUCAGAGCUUAUGUGUAAAGCGUACUUAAUCAUGUUUUGGCUCUCCAUUCGCGUUGAGGGUGAAUUUUAAAUUUCCCUUUUGUUUGGUCACCUUCUGUGCAGAAUGCUGCUUUUAAUGUCCGGUUCCCUAAAUAAAUUUUAAGUUCAACCGGUAUUUUAAAAUCAAGGAAUAAUAAUAUUAUAAUAAUAAAUGCUUUUCUUAUAGUUUUGAAACUGCUGAAGACUGCAGAAGGUAUCCGGAAGCUGCUUGACACGGUUGCUGAAGCUCUGCCCCAAGUAAGUGAAAACUCCUUUCUCCACCACCACCACCACCACCACCAUCACUAUCGUCAUCAUCAUUAUCAUCAUCAUCUCCACCACCACCGCUACCAUUAUCAUCAUCAUGACUAACACUACCACUAACAACAUUAUUAUCACAUCGACUAGAAGUACCAUCAUCACAAGCUUCAUCAUCAUCACCACCACCACCACCAACACCAAUACCAUCCCAUCAUCGUUUUCUUUAAAAGGUACUUGUAAAAAUACAAGGACUGUUUGACCCGCCCAUUUUUCUAUUUUUCGUCUUCCCCUCUGUUCUUCUUGUUUGCCAUAUAGGUUGGAAACUUGGGCCUCCUGUUUCUACUCAUGUUUUUCAUUUUCGCCGCCUUGGGAAUGGAACUGUUUGGUAAAAUAGGUAAGUUAUAAAUCUGAAAAUAAGUGGUGCAUGUCAUCAUAAUCGUUAACAUCGACUCCGCUGGCAUGUAACAAGUGCCGUUUAAUUUAGUGAAACCUUCUCUGAUCUCAUGCGUGCAUUUAGGGGAAUCAGUUCGCCCGAACCACCCCUUGUAAUACAAACUGUCGACUUGCAUUUUAAAUACCUCUUAACAUAAAACCUUGCAAUUUCCUUUUUCAUUCAAGAAUGCACGGACAUUGUUCCUUGCGAGGGACUGGACAUGCACGCAAAUUUCAAGAAUUUUGGAUUCGCCAUGCUGACAUUAUUCCGUGUGUCAACUGGCGAUAAUUGGAAUGGGAUUCUCAAGGUACUGCAAUUCUCUCAAUAUUGUUUUACAAAAUAGGCUACUAACAAUCGGUUGAGACUGAAUUAACACGACCUCAACAGUACACAUGGAGCAUUACUGUCCUACACAACAACACAGAUAUUGCUGUGUUCCGGUGACAAAUGUAAUGACAGUAAUGACGUUCAUUAUUGUAGUUCUUAUUGUUGAAGCUUUUAUAGUAAGCUGUUAAUUUAGGUUUAGUAUAAAUAAUGGUCAUUGAUGACAGAUACAAAACUUCUCUUCAAAGAUCAAAAAAUAAACUCGUCAAGUAAAGUAGGAGCAAAGCCAACUCGGCACAAUUUGCUGUUGAUAAAAUCGGCGAUUCUAUCAACAACAACAAUUGUGCGUCCAGAGCAAGAAACUCAUUUCUGAGGAAUGGCUUAACAAUUUUUUCUCUUAUGAUUUCUACAGGAUAUCAUUAACGAAAAUAGAUGUGACGAACAUCCAUUCUCAGGCUGCUCUGCCCUUGAGCACAUUGCACCCAUAUACUUUGCAAUCUUCGUUCUUGCGACACAGUUUGUACUCCUUAAUGUCGUGGUAGCUGUUCUUAUGAAGCACUUGGAAGAAGCAAGAGAA